CAUUAGCUCAUUAAAAAGGCUUAUUAAAAAAUAUCCAAUAAGAUUUUAAUUAGAUACGAAAUUGUUUGUAACAAUUAAAAAAAAUUACUAGUAAAAAACUUGUUUUUUAGUAGUUAAUCAGAUGAUUUGGUUUUGAGACAUCAGUUGUGAGGAAGAGUUGGUGGCUGCAACAUCUAAGAUGUGUACUAAUCUUGUGGACGUUCAAAGUUUGUACGACAAAGAUAAGGACCUGAAGCAGGACGAUGUGAGGAAGCUUCAGGUUUGGCUGGAGAAGCAGCCGCACCUGCCUCAAAUUACUGAGCUGCAAGUGGCUUUGUUCCUGCAAAGCUGUUACUGCAGCAACGAAGCUGCGAAACAAGCUCUGGACAACUAUUUCACCAUAAAAACUUUGUGUCAGGAUAUUUUUGGUAACAGGAACGUUGCUGAUGCUGGUUUUAAGGAGACCAUGAAUGUUUCAAUGUUGAACAUUCUGCCAAAACUGACUCCAGAGGGUUAUUGCAUCAACUACAUGAAAUUGGUGGACUGUGAUCCGGACCACUUCCACUUCAUCAACCAGCUGAAGCAGUUCGACAUGCUGACGAUGCUGCAUCUAAGCAAAUGUGGACCGUGCAACGGAUACGUCCUUGUUCUGGACAUGGAGGGGUCAGUCUUUGGUCAUUUGACCAAAGUCAACUUGAUCGUUGUCAAAAAGUUUCUGUUUUAUUUACAAGAAGCCAUGCCGGUGAGAUUGAAGGGCAUCCACUUGGUGAACAUUGUGUCUUGGGCUGACAAGCUGGUGGCACUUUUGAAGCCCUUUAUGAAAAAGGAGCUGUUCGACAUGUUAUAUUUGCACCCUGGUUUGGGUGGGGACUUCCCCAAGUUCGUGCCUAAAGAAUGUCUUCCAAACGACUAUGGUGGCCAGUGUGAAUCAAUAGCAGUUCUCCAUGAAAAAACAAAACAAUUUUUGAACGACAACGCAGAGUUCUUCAAAUGGGAGGACACCCAGUUGGUGGAUGAAAGCAAAAGGGUUGGAAAGGCGAAGGGUGAAGGAGACUUUUUUGGGAUUGAAGGAACUUUCAAAAAAUUACAAGUGGAUUAAAUUAAUAACACAAAAUUUUUGUUUUGUAUUUUAGUUGGAUUACAAUUUAUUAUUAUUUAUUGUUCUUCUCAAUUUUAUGGAGUCAAAAGUACUUAAAUAAAUAUAAAAAUGUUAACUGUA